ACUGACAGAGGGCAUUGGAAUAGAGGAUGAUUAUAACACUGAAGACCGAGAGGUCCUUCCCCUUGAGUGUAAGGAUGUGGAAGAUAUUGGUAGUCCUGAUGUGAAAGCAGAGCUUCCCUCCCACCUCAGCAUCACUAAGGAUGUUAUGGAGCGCUGCAUUCAUCUGCUGUCUGAUCCCAGCCUCAGGCUCCGACUCAAGGUACUGGACGUGCUGGAGUUGUGCGUUCAGGUGCUGAGUGAGAGGGAAAAUGAACUGCUGCCUAUGGCUCAUCGCUGCUGGCCAGCACUCCUGCAGAGACUCACAGCCGAUGACCCAUUAGCAGUCCUCAGAGCCUUCAGGGUGCUGUGCGUGCUGGGUGAAACAUGUGGGGACUUUGUGAGGAGGAGGGUUUCUAAAGAGGUUCUGCCCAAGCUGAGCGCCUCUCUGGCACGGCAGGCUCCGAUCAGCGCCAAGGCUGGGCCUGUCUACACACACACCCUGGCCUAGAAACUGCAGCUGGCUGUAUUGCAGGGGCUGGGCUGACUGUGCCAGAGACUGGAUCUGGGCAGGGUAAAGACAUGGUGAUAAAUGAGUGUGUGGGCCAUCUGCUGAGGAUCAAGAGCUCAGGACACUCAGACGGGGGUGUCACAGCAGGAGUCACUGUGCUCCACAAUCCUCUGCUGUUGUGAGAUGUCCCACUCCUGCCUGCACAUAGAAACCACAGUGAAGUCAAAGUUCCACCUGCACCUCCACCUGUUCUUGCAACAGCAUGAAAACUGACAGAGGUGAGACAGCAGAAAAGUCUUUGUUUAUUUUUGUAAUAAGUUAAGGAAUUAAGUGAAGAAGAGUGAUUAAAUAAAUUGUUCCUUGCAUUUUUGAUUUCAUGGUUGUGUUUAGGAUUAUUUCAGAAACAUGUUUAGAGGAUCUUUGUAAGCCUGUAUUUACUUUAAAAGAAGGGAAGCACUUCUUCAUUCUACAGAAAAGGUGACACAUUACAGAUGAGUUCAUAAAAAGUGUCUCUGUCACUCUUUCAAGGCUCUGUCACUUUUUCUUUUUACUGGAACAGCAUGGUAAAGUAGGCCUAGGCUGCCAUCUUGUGGCAGUGUGUUGUUACUACAACAUAUGAAAUUGUGUUUCUAUUGGAAAUAUAAUUCAGCGCCACCGAGCCGCUCUCUCAGUUACAAACUGAACCUGUUUUUUUAGACAGAUAAA